AUGGGGAAAGUCGUAGGAGAGCUUCGUCGAGCUUUUGUUGCUGAUGCUGUUGGCAGUCUGGUUGCUAGUAGGUCAGUAAGAAGCACCGCUCAGUACUCUUGCGUUUCUAUAAGGUCCCAAACUCACCUUCUGCGUUGUCCGACGGCGGAGUCGUCUGGAGUUUCAACCAACAGCCGAGACGUUCAACCCCUACACAGUUAGCUCUCUAGUAGCUCUAUUAGAGCACCUUCUGGAUUCAGUCAAAUGUUGCUGCUGUUAGUAUCGCAGUUAUUACACGGUGCGUGAAACUGAGAGUGAAACAGGGAGAAUAGGCUGCAAAAUCUUCUUGAUUACUUAAGAAGACGCUGUGGUGCUUUGAGAGAUAUCUCUAUCUCUCAGCGCACCACAGCGUCCCCAGGAACAUUCCGUUGUCAUAGAAGUUGAGCCUCGCCUCCUCGCUCUUCUUCU